AUGAUCUUCGAUCCUAGCCCCAUUGAGCUCCCUUCCUCGUAUGAGAAAGUCUCUACUACAGGCCAUGUCACUGUCUCGCACCAUCCGGCCGGUGCGCCGAGCGUGACACCUGUCGUCGUCGUCACGCUCAACCGCCCGGACAAGAACAAUGCCUUUACCGGACAAAUGAUGCAAGACUUUGAGAAGCUCUACCCCAUGUUCGAUGUCGACGAGCGCGUCAAGGUCAUUGUCUUGACCGGCGCCGGGAGGACGUUCUGUGCUGGCGCCGACCUAGAUAUUGGGUUUAGCAGGCAGGCGAAUGUUACCGAGCAUCGUGAUGGGGGUGGUCGUGUGGCCUUGGCCAUUCACCGAUGCCGGAAGCCGACCAUUGUUGCCAUGCAAGGCUCAGCCGUGGGAGUCGGCAUGACAAUGACUCUUCCUGCAAUCAUCCGUGUCGCAUAUGAAAAGGGCAAGUACGGCUUCGUAUUCGGCCGCCGCGGCAUCAUCAUGGAAUCCUGCUCUUCAUACUUCCUGCCGCGACUGAUCGGCCAUUCCAACGCCAGCUAUCUCGUCAGCACAGGCGGCGUCUUCCCGCCAAACUCCAAACACUUCGGGGAUCUCUUUAACGAAAUCUUGCCAGACCCAUCGCAGGUUCUUCCACGCGCGCUUGAGCUGGCGAGUGAGAUUGCCGAUAAUGUUAGCCCGACUUCACAGUAUCUCAAUCGUGCCCUGUUGUGGCGCGACACUGGGUCGGCGGAGGGGGCUCAUCUGGUGGAAUCCAAAGUUAUCUUCCACACAUUUGGAUCUGCUGACCAGAAGGAAGGCGUGGCAUCAUUUUUUGAGAAACGCAAGCCCAACUUCCGCGCGAACUUGGACGACAACCCGCCACCCACCUUUCCUUGGUGGACUGAUGUUGAUACUGGACGGAAUCCUAAAGCGAAGAUUUAG